CAGUGAAGGCAAUGGUCCUGGCAAAGCGUCCUGCCUUAGGAGGGAGACUUUUACACUGCACAAAAGCCAGGGAAACACUCGUCGCUGGAAUGAACCAGAGCCCUCCUGCACUCGCCGUGGAUUAAAACCGAAACUUUUACGAUGGCUCUGAACGUGAAAAAGUAGCGCGAGAAGCAGCACGCUAAACCGCCACCGCCGCCACCACCACCAACGGACCUUCUACUGCAAAGCAACUCCUAGUAGAUGUACGGCCACUGCUGAAAAAUAUGCUCCAGCCAAGCAGCCUCAACCCGGGCUCCAGUCGCAAAUUCGCAGUGUUUUAACCAGUUUCGUGUGACAUUCACGGGCCUCUUCUUCACGUUGUUGUUGUUGUUGUUUUUUUAAAGGUUCUUACCUUUAAAGUCCGCUAUACAAGUCCACAACCCACCUGAGAGAGAGAGAGAAAUAAGAGAGAGAGAGAGAAUUAUGGCAGGGAAGCUGACAGCAGCGCAAGGCACAGGAAUACUGCUGGUGACAGCCAACGUUGGAUCCCUGUUCGAGGAUCUUGAAAAUCUACAGAAGACAUGGCUGAGGGAGUUUUACCAGACAGUACAGUCGCAUAAGCCUCACUUCUUGGCACUGCAUUGUCAGGAGGUGGGUGGGAAGAAUUUCGAGGAGUCCAUGUCACACGUGGAUAAUUUUGUGAAAGAGCUGUUGUCCAGCGAUGCCUUGAAGGAAUACAGCAGAGCCCGCGUCUACCUCGAUGAGAACUACAGAUCCCAGGAGCAUUUCACAGCUCUUGGAAGUUUAUACUUUAUCCACGACUCUUUGAAAAACAUCCAACAGUUUGAUUUCAAAGCCAAGAAAUUUAGAAAGGUGGUCGGGAAGGAAACCUGCUCAGAGACACUAGAAAGCACACCCACACUGGAGAAGGCGAAGUUUCCACAGGACUACUUUCCCGAGUGCAAGUGGUCCAGAAAGGGAUUCAUCAGAACUCGAUGGGCCAUGGCUGACUGUGCUUUUGAUCUGGUCAACAUCCACCUUUUCCAUGAUGCUUCCAACCUUGUGGCCUGGGAGAAAAGCCCAUCAGAGUACUCUGGGACCAGGCAGAAGGCACUGGCCUACGUUUUAGACAGGAUCACGGACCAGCGGUAUGAGAAGCUGCCAUUUUUUGUCUUCGGUGACUUUAACUUCAGGUUGGACUCCAAGAAAGUUAUUGAGAAACUCUGCUCUGAUGCCACCAUGCAGACAAUCAGAACCGACAACAAUGAAAUUCACAAGCUAGUAUUUCAAGAAACUGAUAAUGACCGAAAGGUUAUUCUUCAAAUUGAAAAGAAGCUUUUUAAUUAUGUCAACCAGGAAGUAUUCCGGGAAGACAAUGGGACCUCACUUUUAGAGUUUGAUAAUGAGCUGUCAGUGUUCAAAGAACGUCUGCAUGAACAAGAGAUCGGUUUCCCGCCAAGUUAUCCGUACAGUGAAGACAGCAGUCAGGGGAAGCAGUACAUGAAUACCAGAUGCCCCGCCUGGUGUGACCGAAUCCUGAUGUCUCCCUCUGCCAGAGACAUGUUGCUAAAGCCUGAAAAUGAAGAGAAGUCUAUAGUCUAUGAUAACAUUGGGCCCAAUGUCUGCAUGGGGGACCACAAGCCUGUCUUCCUGUCCUUCCGAAUAACAGCGGGGGCAGGGAAGUGUUGCCAAAGGGGGGAGAACAUAUUCCGUGAAGCGCCUCUGUGAGAACACCCGAGAAACAAACAGGACACCGCACACACACGCACAAAAACACACCCACACACACACUUUGCACAAGCAUACACUGAAGAACCUAGACAGACUUUGUUUCAGCAGUGCUGACCAGUUGCAGUAAUCCGGACGCCUCAUCCAUACGAAAACCCCGACCCGGUUUCUUCCCACGAAACACUCGCCGAGAUCUGGACGAGCCACCCGAGGGCCCGGCUUCCAGACGAGAUACACAUCGCUGACCUCAUCGUUGCCAUGCAACCCUCCCCCAUUCCCCAGAGAAAAGGACAACCAGACGGACGGACGGACAACUCUCUUCCAUGCCACAGCCUCAUUGCCAAAACUCUAAUUGAACACAGUCCUACUACAUCCUUUUAGACACCGUACUUGGCAUUUUUAGGUAUGCCUCUAUGUAUAGAAGCUACUUUCCAUACAGUAUGUAAGGUGUUUUAAAAAACAAAAAAGAAAAGUGCAAUGCAAAAAAAAGUUGUGUAUCUAUAUUGUUAGGUUUAUUUGUACAUCGGACAGUAUAACAUAGACUCGUUGAUGGUUUUAGUGCCGUUCUCUUCUCUGACCAUACUUUGCGGUCCCUUUGUUGGAAUAGAUAGAACUUCUAAGUUUAUUUCAACAGUUUCUAUAUAAAUACAUAUAUAUAUUGUUUUUUUUUCUUUUGUUUCAUUUUGUUUUUUUGAGUUGUUCUUGUUGUUGUGUGCACAACACACGGCCAUGCCUGACACAUCAGUUGAGUCUUGUUUUAUAUACUGUACUUUUUAAAGAGAUAAUUUAUAAUUCUUACCAAAAUGUUUAUGCUGGAGUGCGUGCGCAGACACAGCGCGGCCGUGUCGGUGUUCCCACAGCCACGCUGACCUUUGAAUAAGUCCGUACAACAAGAGAGGAGUGAUUUAUUGCCUAUCCAAGAAUGUUUUAAGCAGUGCCAUAGACCAUGCAGGUAUAUAUAUAUAUGUAUAUAUAUAUAUAUAUAUAUAUAUAUAUAUAUAUACAUAUAUAUACAUAUAUAAAAAGAUAAUGUUUCAUAUAUAGCACUCUCACAUUAUGUCAUUCUUAUUCUUACUCUAACUUAUUUCUAUAAUAUUAUGGUUCUGAAUGUGAUAUUUUAGGUAGGUUUGGGUGUCUUUAAAAUGUAAACUGUCUUUUUUUGUUUUUUGUCUAUUUUUGUUACUGCAUUAUGGUGCCAAGUAUCCUAAACAGGAAUGAAGUGUGUCAGAAAUACUUAAGAUAAAUGAGAGAAACUCUAAAAGCAGGGGAGGGGCGUGGGGCAAAGCAGGGAGUCUCGCUAUUUGUAAUUGUUCAGUAUGUAGCCUUCAGCAGCCUCCUUUGCAAAUAAUUGGAGCAUUAGAGGUGAUGGGAGACUUCUUCUUCUUUUCUUUUUUUUAUCAUCGAUUUCAUGUACUACACUACAGGUUUCAGACGCAGUGAAGCCAUCAGAUUGAUCCUCCCUUAUUAUUAUUAUUUUUUCUCCAUCUAAAUCAAACACCAAGUGGAACUGUUUUUGUGCCUGCUGCAGAAUUUAUGUCAUCUUUUGUGAUUUGGUCCAUAAGGCAGAAUGUUUAUAAAAGUUUAAAAAAAACUAAACAAAAAAAGUAAAUGAAACCCUGCUUGUUUUUGUUCCAGCUGCUCAUUGUGAGUAUACUGUAGGAUUAUAAGCUGCAGUUAUUAUUUUUUCCCUUCACUCCAUCCUAUAAAAGCAGAUAGAGAUUUUAUUCCAGCCCCCUUUCAGGACGGCCUGGCCUCUACUGUAGGUGAUGCAGUUCUCAAAAGCAAUAAAACCCAUUAGAGCUCAA